GCUGGUUGGAGGGACGAGGGGGGUGCGGAGCCAGCCAGGCCGCCCUCCGGUUCCCACAGCAGCCGAGCAGAGCGGGCUGCCAUGGCGCUGGCCAGGCCUGGGACCCAGGACCCCCAGCCCCUGGCCUAUGUCCUGCUGCUGCUGCUGCUGCUCUGGGCCCCUGCCCUUUCCCUCCUGGCUGGGACGGUGCCUUCAGAGCCCCCCAGUGCCUGUGCCUCAGACCCAUGUGCUCCAGGGACCGAGUGCCAGGCUACCAAGAGUGGUGGCUAUACCUGCGGGCCCACAGAGCCCCGGGGCUGUGCCACCCAGCCAUGCCACCACGGCGCUCUGUGUGUGCCCCAGGGUCUGGAUCCCGACGGCUUCCGCUGCUACUGCGUGCCGGGUUUCCAGGGCCCACGCUGCGAGCUGGACAUCGAUGAGUGUGCAUCCCGGCCGUGCCACCAUGGGGCCACCUGCCGCAACCUGGCCGAUCGCUACGAGUGCCAUUGCCCCCUUGGCUAUGCAGGCGUGACCUGCGAGACGGAGGUAGACGAGUGCGCCUCGGCGCCCUGUGUGCACGGGGGCUCGUGCCUGGACGGCGUGGGCUCCUUCCGCUGUGUGUGCGCGCCGGGCUACGGGGGCACCCGUUGCCAGCUGGACCUUGACGAGUGCCAGAGCCAGCCAUGUGCGCAUGGGGGCACGUGCCACGACCUGGUCAAUGGGUUCCGGUGCGACUGCGCGGGCACCGGCUACGAGGGCACGCGCUGCGAGCAGGAGGUGCUGGAGUGCGCAUCGGCGCCCUGUGCGCACAACGCGUCCUGUCUCGAGGGUCUCGGGAGCUUCCGCUGCCUCUGUUGGCCAGGCUACAGCGGCGAGCUGUGUGAGGUGGACGAGGACGAGUGUGCAUCGAGCCCCUGCCAGCACGGGGGCCGAUGCCUGCAGCGCUCUGACCCGGCCCUCUACGGGGGCGUCCAGGCCACCUUACCUGGUACCUUCAGCUUCCGCCACGCUGCGGGCUUCGUGUGCCACUGCCCUCCUGGCUUUGAGGGAGCCGACUGCGGUGUGGAGGUGGACGAGUGUGCCUCACGGCCAUGCCUCAACGGAGGCCGCUGCCAGGACCUGCCCAAUGGCUUCCAGUGUCACUGCCCAGAUGGCUACGCAGGGCCGACAUGUGAGGAAGAUGUGGAUGAAUGCCUGUCAGAUCCCUGCCUGCAUGGCGGAACCUGCAGUGACACUGUGGCAGGCUAUAUCUGCAGGUGCCCAGAGACGUGGGGCGGGCGCGACUGUUCUGUGCAGCUCACUGGCUGCCAGGGCCACACCUGCCCACUGGCUGCCACCUGCAUCCCUAUCUUCGAGUCUGGGGUCCACAGUUAUGUCUGCCACUGCCCACCUGGUACCCAUGGACCUUUCUGUGGCCAGAAUACCACCUUCUCUGUGAUGGCUGGGAGCCCCAUUCAGGCAUCAGUGCCAGCUGGUGGCCCCCUGGGUCUGGCACUGAGGUUUCGCACUACGCUGCCUGCUGGGACCUUGGCCACUCGCAAUGACACCAGGGAAAGCUUGGAGCUGGCAUUGGUGGCAGCCACACUUCAGGCCACACUCUGGAGCCACGGCACCACUGUGCUUAUCCUGAGACUGCCAGACCUGGGCCUAAACGAUGGCCAUUGGCACCAGGUGGAGGUGGUGCUCCACCUAGCGACCCUGGAGCUACGGCUCUGGCAUGAGGGCUGCCCUGCCCGGCUCUGUGUGGCCUCUGGUCCUGUGGCCCUGGCUCCCACGGCUUCAGCAACUCCACUGCCUGCUGGGAUCUCCUCCGCCCAGCUGGGGGACGCGACCUUUGCAGGCUGUCUCCAGGACGUGCGUGUGGAUGGGCACCUCCUGCUGCCUGAGGAUCUCGGCGACAACGUCCUCCUGGGCUGCGAGCGCCGAGAGCAGUGCCAGCCUCUGCCUUGUGUCCAUGGAGGGUCCUGUGUGGAUCUGUGGACUCAUUUCCGUUGCAACUGUCCUCGACCCCACAGGGGUCCCACGUGUGCUGAUGAGAUUCCUGCCGCCACCUUUGGCUUGGGAGGCGCCCCAAGUUCUGCCUCCUUUCUGCUUCAAGAGCUGCCAGGCCCCAACCUCACACUGUCUUUCCUUCUCCGUACUCGGGAGCCCGCUGGCCUGUUGCUCCAGUUUGCCAAUGACUCCGCAGCUGGUCUGACAGUAUUCCUGAGCGAGGGUCGGAUCCGGGCUGAGGCGCCGGGCGGUCCUGCUGUAGUGCUCCCUGGGCGCUGGGAUGAUGGGCUGCGUCACCUGGUGACGCUCAGCUUCGGGCCUGAGCAGCUGCAGGACCUGGGGCAGCACAUGCACGUGGGUGGGAGGCUCCUUGCUGCUGACAGCCAGCCCUGGGGUGGGCCCUUCCGAGGCUGCCUCCAGGACCUGCGACUCGAUGGCCGCCACCUCCCCUUCUUUCCUCUGCCACUGGAUAACUCAAGCCAGCCGAGCGAGCUUGGCGGCAGGCAGUCCUGGAACCUCACCGCAGGCUGUGUCUCCGAAGACAUGUGCAGUCCUGACCCCUGUUUCAAUGGUGGGACUUGCCUCGUCACCUGGAAUGACUUCCACUGUACCUGCCCUGCCAAUUUCACAGGGCCUACGUGUGCCCAGCAGCUGUGGUGUCCCGGCCAGCCCUGUCUCCCACCUGCCACGUGUGAGGAGGUCCCUGAUGGCUUUGUGUGUGAGUGUGCGUCCUGCGCAGCUCCCGUGCUGGGUGCUGGACACCCAAGCUGCCUCUGCUCUCUCCCCAGGUUGCCUGUCCCAUCCAAGGAGUGCAUCCUGAAUGUCACCUGCCUCGAUGGCAGCCCGUGUGAGGGUGGCUCUCCCGCUGCCAACUGCAGCUGCCUGGAGGGUCUUGCUGGCCAGAGGUGUCAGGUCCCCGCCCUUCCCUGUGAAACCAACCCCUGCUUGAAUGGGGGCACCUGCCGGGCAGCUGGAGGGGUAUCUGAAUGUAUCUGCAAUGCCAGAUUCUCCGGCCAGUUCUGUGAAGUGGUGAAGGGCGUGCCCCUGCCGCUGCCAUUCCCGCUGCUGGAGGUGGCCGUGCCUGCAGCCUGUGCCUGCCUCCUCCUCCUCCUCCUGGGCCUCCUUUCAGGGAUCCUGGCAGCCCGAAAGCGCCGCCAGUCCGAGGGCACCUACAGCCCAAGCCAGCAGGAGGUGGCUGGGGCCCGGCUGGAGAUGGACAGUGUCCUCAAGGUGCCACCGGAGGAGAGACUCAUCUAGGCCAGCCUGGCUGCCGGCACCAGCACCUGGAGGUCCUGAAUGGUUUCCACCUGGAGACCCAAGGAAGCUGCUGCCACGGCUCGGGACAUUGCUAUGGAAGUGUCCCCUUGGCUGGCAGCCUCUGCCUCUGCCCCAUCGUGGAUGGAGGAUGAGGGGAGCAACUCAGGGAAACAGAGACCUAGAGAGGCUGUGGACUUCAUCCCACCCUCGGGGUUGUGCCUCGGCAGCUGUAC